GUGCGUCGACAAGCUGAAGCCGACGACGAGCUCAGCGGCACGGCACCAGCGCGAUACUGCCUCGCCGCACGUCGCCGCUAAGGCAGGAAGACUAAACCCCGGGUCCGUUCUCUCUCCCUCUUUCCUCGGGGAGACGUGGACGUGGACGAGCACAGGAAGAAUUGCACGAGAGCACCCUCGGGAACACGGUCCGGCUGCAGAAGAGGACCCAAGGCAAGGAAGGUACGAGGGUGAGAGAGGAGGUGGACCCAGGCCGGCAACGAUGCGGCCCAGGGCCGCGGCGACGCCAACAACCACCGGCGACGCGAGCCGCGGCAUCUCGCGGCCGCCGCUUCCGCUCGCCCUGCGAAUCACCUGCGUCCUUGCCCUACUGGUGCACGCCGCCACGUGGAUACCGGUCACCGAGGCAGUGAUCUGCAAAGAUUCAUACAAAUGCAAUUGUACCGGAGUCAAAGGGGAGCCGGGUUUACCUGGAAUACCGGGAAGUCAAGGAACGGAGGGACUCCCAGGUGAUAUCGGACCGGAUGGACCGCCCGGGCCCAAGGGCGAGAAGGGAGCGGGUGGAGAGCCAGGGGCUACUGGAGAGAAGGGCUACCGAGGCGAAGAUGGUAUACGAGGAGCCUCAGGAGAAUCCGGGCUUUCGGGUAACCGGGGUGUUCCUGGUGUGAUGGGUCCGGACGGACUGGAUGGAUGCAACGGAACUGACGGUCGUGCUGGUGUCCCGGGUAUGCCCGGAGUUUCUGGACCGCGUGGUCCAAUAGGAGCCGAUGGAGAUUAUGGUCCCGCGGGUGAGCCUGGUGAUGGAGGUAUCAAUUCGGUGGGUGCCAAAGGAAUUCGCGGGAAUCCUGGUAUCGACGGAGCGGAGGGUUAUCGAGGACACCAGGGGCUCACCGGCGAAAUGGGCUACCUAGGAGAGACGGGCGACAUCGGUUUGCCAGGUUCUCCCGGACUGCCAGGUAUGCAGGGCGAGCGCGGUGACACCGUGUCCGGAGUGAAGGGCCAACCUGGCGAGCAGGGAGACCGGGGAGAGCCUGGACCACCAGGUAAUGACGAAUACAAAAAGAAGGAAGAAUCGACGCCCGUGAAAGGUGUCAUGGGACCGAAGGGCAUGAGGGGCGAUUAUGGAAUUCGCGGACGCAAGGGCGAGAUGGGUUACAAAGGUCCACAGGGUCGACCUGGUUUCCUGGGCAUCAAAGGUGUGAAGGGUGGACAAGGCGACGAUGGGCCGAGAGGCAAACAGGGCGCCGAGGGUCCACCGGGCCCUGCUGGUGACAAGGGAGAGAAGGGAGCUCCAGGAUUCGCUGGACUGCCCGGUUCGGAUGGAUUCGACGGAGAACCAGGAGAAGAAGGAAACCGUGGUCGACCCGGUAAACAAGGCGCUGAAGGAGAACCUGGACUAUAUAUUCCAGAACUUGACGAGAUAAUCGCCGGAAAUAUUGGAAUUCAAGGAGACCUUGGUCCUCCUGGUGAACCUGGUGAAACGGGAACGCCUGGUUUGCUAGGAAAGAUUGGUUUCAUAGGCCCACCGGGACCACCAGGACCUCCGGGUAUCCCGGGUUUGCCGGGAGUGAAGGGUUCAUCGAUAAAAGGAGAACAGGGAGACGAUGGCUUGCCGGGAACCAUGGGACAUCAGGGAUCUCCCGGAUUGCCCGGUUCUCCCGGAAUUAUAGGAGCUAAGGGAUUCCAGGGUAUAACGGUAGUCGGACCGCCGGGACCGGACGGUAACCCUGGUAUUCCAGGAUUGCUGGGACCACCUGGUGAUCGUGGUGAUCCUGGUCCACCAGGAGAGAAAGGUUUUCCUGGGAAGGGAAUAAGGAUUCGUGGACCUACUGGAGAACGAGGUCUGCCUGGAAGGCCGGGUAUCCACGGCCCAGAUGGUUGGCCUGGUCUGCAUGGAUCUAAGGGUGCCAAGGGUUUCCGAGGAGAUGAUUGUGGAGUGUGCACACCAGGUUUGCCUGGAGAGAAAGGAGAGCGCGGUGAGUCCGGCUUGGACGGAUACCCUGGAGCUUCAGGAUUCCCUGGUCUGCCCGGACCUCGAGGUUUCAAGGGAAUACAGGGAAAACCAGGACUACGAGGACCGGCGGGACUUGAAGGUGACAGCGGAAGAUCUGGUAUUGCGGGAGUUCAAGGCCCGAAAGGAGAAGCGGGAAAUAUAUUCUACCCGCCAGACGAGAAGUUUAUAAGUCCACCAGGUGACAUUGGCGAGAAAGGCUUACCCGGACCCGAAGGACUUAGAGGUCUGCGUGGCCAAUCAGGAUCUGCCGGUGACAAUGGUGUACCAGGACCGAAAGGCGAAAAGGGUGAACACGGUCCUCCGGGGUUGCCGGGUAAGGACGGUUUGCCGGGAUGGGACGGUAUUCCUGGCGAGAAAGGUGAAGACGCUACGAUUUCGGUUGAUUUCUUGCGCGGAGAUCCCGGAUACCCGGGAGAAACAGGUAUCAAAGGAAUAGAGGGAGACAAAGGUAGUAAAGGAGAGCCAGGAGUAUCCGUGGAGUUUAUCGCGGAUAUUGAGGGCGACAAAGGCUUCAAAGGAGAAUGGGGCGAUCCCGGUGAGCCUGGUUUCAAAGGCUUCCAAGGACGUCCUGGCGACGAGGGUUUAAUAGGAUUACCCGGUGAGCCCGGUCUUCCAGGUAUCUCGCGCCAAGGCCCCGCAGGCUUGAAGGGAUAUCCUGGAAUGCCGGGAGAUCAAGGACCUCGUGGCACAUCAGGCUCACCCGGAUCGCAGGGACCAGUAGGUUUCCCGGGUCGCGGUGGUAAUAAAGGUGAACGGGGAGAUCCAGGUUCGAAUCUAAAUUACGGUGAGAUCGGAGAACGCGGUUUCCACGGUCCGAAGGGUGAUUUCGGCGACGCCGGUCCCCAAGGAUUACUUGGCCGACCAGGAGAAGACGGUCCGAAGGGUAUCAGGGGCGCUAAGGGAGCGCCUGGUUACGAGGGGCUGCCUGGACUUCAGGGUGGCAAAGGUCAACGCGGAGACAGCAUACAAGGACCUCGCGGUUUCCCGGGAAUAUCAGGUCAACCUGGAAUACCUGGGAAAGUCGGAGAUGUCGGCAUUCGCGGUCCUGAUGGUCCCUCCGGCUUUGACGGCAUGAAAGGCCUGAAGGGAGAGAUCGGUUUCAUCGGACGGCAAGGCGACGAUGGUGACAUAGGGCCUCAGGGAUAUCAGGGCAUGCACGGUUUGCCAGGUCUACCGGGUGCUCCAGGAGAAAAGGGAGAAGGCGGUGAGAUCGGCGAGCCAGGACCGCGCGGUUGGCCCGGUCUCGACGGUAUAGACGGAUUAACCGGUCCUAAGGGAGAGAUGGGGGACGCCGGUAUUCCCGGCGAAUCAGGAGUGAAGGGGCCGCUUGGAUUCGUCGGUGCUCCUGGUGAUCUUGGUUUCGAUGGAUCUCCGGGGCCGCCUGGCGAAAACUCAUUCAGCGGGCCUCAGGGUGACAUCGGCGAGCCCGGUUUCAUGGGUGAGCUUGGACCGCCUGGUCUAGCCGGAUUUGAUGGACGACCGGGAUUGCCCGGUGAACCUGGGUUGGCCACUGACGGUUUCAACGGACUGCAAGGGCAGAAGGGUGAACCCGGCUAUGAUGGAUUCGAUGGCAGCGUUGGACCAAAAGGAGAGAUUGGUGACAUGGGUUUUGACGGAGUGAAAGGCGAACGAGGCGACCAAGGUUUCCCGGGAAGGCCAGGCUUCAUUGGAAUACCUGGCAAACAUGGCAUAAAAGGUGAAAGAGGCCCGAUAGGACCUGCUGGAAUCUAUGGACAGAAGGGAAAACGCGGUAUCGAUGGUGAUCCGGGAUUAAUGGGCAGACCAGGUAUGCCGGGUGAACCGGGUCCGAGAGGACCUCCGGGAUUCCUGGGUGCUCCCGGACCAAAGGGUAUCGUGGGCGAACCUGGUUUACCGUCUUACGCAUUCGCGGAGGAGGGUGAUUACGGUAACCGUGGACACGACGGUUUCCCCGGCGUAAAAGGAAAACAGGGUGAACCAGGACUUAUCGGAGUACCCGGCCGUCAAGGUCAAAUUGGAGAUAUAGGAUACCCGGGUCCCGUCGGUUUCCCAGGAUUACCUGGUUUCCCCGGCCUGCCGGGUGAUCAAGGACCUCCUGGAGCUCCAGGAUUGCUUGCCGAGUUCGCUGAACCCGGUGAAGUUGGUCGCGCUGGUUUGGAUGGCAUGCCUGGUAUUCCAGGACGUCCAGGACAGAAGGGUGCACCGGGUGAAUAUGGCCCGAAUGGACCCAAAGGAAUCUUUGGUGAUAUAGGCCACAGCUUCCGCGGUCCUAAGGGAAUGUCGGGAAAUCCAGGUCCCAGAGGAUUCGUCGGUUACCCGGGUACGCCGGGUCUGGAAGGAUUGCAAGGUUUUCCAGGGGCACCAGGUCCAAAAGGGUUCCGUGGAGAACCAGGAGUGAGCGCGAUCAACGCCAAAGGACAACCUGGCGAACCCGGAUUGCCUGGAUUAAAUGGUUUUCCCGGACCGAGGGGAAUGAAAGGUGACGCUGGCAGACCUGGUUUCGAUGGACUGCCGGGAACGAAGGGAGAAAGGGGCGAGCCCGGCGAACCUGGUUUCCCUGGACUGCCCGGGCAUGAAGGACCACAGGGGCCGAAAGGAGAUCCCGGCAUAAAUCCCUUCCCGCCGUUCCCUAGACGAGGACAACCCGGAGAUACAGGAACUCCCGGAUUACCAGGUUUCCCUGGACUACAAGGAAUGAUGGGUGAACCUGGCAGGGACGGUCUGCCUGGACGCAAGGGUGAGACAGGUAUGAUUGGUUUCCCUGGACCACAAGGACCGGAUGGUAAAGAUGGCCCGCCCGGGUAUCAAGGACCUGCCGGAGCAACUGGACGACAAGGACAACCAGGGUUCCCUGGCGCACCUGGUGCACCUGCGCCGAACGGAAUUGGACCGAGAAACAGAGGUUUUUACUUUGCUCGCCACUCGCAGACCGAUGCGAUACCGUUCUGUCCGAAGAACACCGUGAGGCUCUGGGAAGGAUUCUCCCUCUUGCAUACGAUGGGCAACGGACGGGCUUACUCGCAGGAUCUUGGCACCGCUGGCAGUUGCGUGAAAAAGUUCUCCACUAUGCCGUUCCUGUUCUGCAAUUGGAAUAAUGUAUGCGAUUACGCCAAUCGUAACGACUACAGCUACUGGCUCAGCACGACCGAGCCAAUGCCGAUGAUGAUGACACCGAUACCGGCUCCGGAAAUUGGCAGAUACAUAUCAAGAUGCUCCGUGUGUGAGGCGCCAACCAGGGUAAUAGCCGUUCACAGUCAAUCGAUGGCUAUACCUGAGUGCCCAGGUGGCUGGGACGAGCUGUGGGUCGGAUACAGUUUCCUCAUGCACAGGGAUGCAGGCGCCGACGGCGGCGGCCAGUCCUUGAUCUCGCCCGGGUCCUGUCUAGAAGACUUCCGCGUCAGGCCGUUCAUCGAGUGCCGCGGCCUCGGCACGUGCAACUACUUCGCCACCGCGACGUCCUACUGGCUGGCGACCAUCUAUGACCAAGAUAUGUUCCGCAAGCCGCAGCAGCAGACGCUCAAGGCCGAUCAUACGUCCCGGGUGAGCCGAUGCGCCGUGUGCCUACGCCGACGCGUCACCGAGGAGAGGCUCACCGACAGGAGGGUACUAAAGCCGUUCACAGCGAACAACGAGCAGCCCCCCAACAACUUUUAUCCGCAGCCGCCACCGCCUCUCUAUCCACCCGGUUAUGAUCGCGGCAGGACAUCACCCAAUCGGGGAAGAUACCCACCGCAAGGUGGCCACAGACGCGUGCCAGCCUCUCGUUACCGCAAGAAAAGCCGGGCGCGCGGCCGAUACGACGAGCCAGUAGGAGAGUUUGACAACCCGUAAAGGAUGAGCACACGAGCUGCGCGUGUUUGAGGAGGGAUCAACGGGAAGCAUCAGUGAUGUGCGAGGGCAUAGAGCGAAGCCUAUGUAUAUAAAAAAAGCGAGAGACUCUUUUCUUCUCUCUUAUUCUAUUCUAGUUAAGUUAUACCGACUGGCCGACCAGGAGAUUCGUGGACCUCGCACACCGGGUGGAGACGGAUAACGCGGAUAAACAUUCAGCUGUCCGCUGCGGGAGGAAGGGUCUGAGACGAUCCAGACCCUCUCUCCAUCCAGAUCCAGGUCCAGAUCAGCGCGGAUCUGGAGAACGUUGUUAAAGAAAUAUUUUCCGGAUAUCUGUCGGUCCGCGGUCGGAAAGGGAAGAACUGUGUCAAUAAACCGUCACCCUUCUGAACUCGAGAUCGAAGUCGGAACGCCGAAACGCGGCAUGAAAUGCGAUAAAUACGAACGCGCUCUUCGAAAUCUCAAAGUUGUCUCGCAGUAGACACCCCUCCCCCCCCCCCGCAGAGAAACGUCACUUCUUCGAAUAAUAUUACAAUUUUUUAUUAAUUAGAAUUGAAUAAAAAUUCGAGCUUAAAGUUCAUUUCGGCACUGUAUUGGCUCUUCUUCAGCCCUUUUUUCUCUUCUUUAAAGUAAAUAAUAUUGUAUAGACUGACUCGAAUUUCGCUCAUCCUCGAUUCUUAUCUCGGACGUCUCGGUCGCGUUUUCUGAAAGUUGAUCCAUCGUUAUUCGUUCUCAUCCUGCACGCAAGGUUUAUGAUAUCACUGGUUGCCCGUCUCUUCCUGUGCGCUCUAAAAAGCGCUGUCGGCUGCCGGAAAGAAGUCAUAUAACUGCCUUAUGCCAAAUAGAGGAGGAGGAAGUCGUCGCGCUCGGCCAUUGCAAAACUGCCAUUAACGUCGUAAUUGGCGAUUUACGCGAUUUACGAAGAUUCACGCGACUCGUAACUAUAUGAUAAUUAAAUUAACGUUAUAUGUUAACGUUGUAUGUCGUAUCGCUAUUGCAAUUACCUAUGUAUCGCAAUUGAAUAAAAAUCCUUUUAUAUAAGCUAAACGACUGUCUUCCCCGGAUGUCCGGCCUCUAACUCGCAAGGAUAAAAAAAUAAGUCAAUUAAAGUGCACUAACACUCUGCGAUUGAUCGACUGAUUGAUAAAAAGAAGCAAAGAAAAUUGAGAAAAUUAAAUUAAACUUACUAAUAAUUAUUAAAAUUAAAAAAUUAAUUUAUUUCAUCCUGCCUUGCAAGCAAUAUGCUCUAUAAACUAUUCUUUAAUAUAUUCUCAAUUUAUUUCUUGUCAUCGUCAAAGAACGGAAUCACGAAAGAUAAUUAUUAUAAAAAUGUGGAAAAGUAUACAUUACAUUCUAAAAUACAUAAAAGCUUAUUUUAAAAUAAAAUCGUCAAUCCUGUUCAUUAGUAACUAAAAGACGAAAAUAAAGCUUGUAUCACUUUACCAGAUUACAUGAAGAAUCUAAGAAUAACGCUGCGAGAGCUCUCGAGUGAAGGCAGAUAUCUGAAGGUAAACGUAAACGCUGGAACGGGUAUCGGAGGGAAAGAGGACGUCGGGAGGAUGCCAGAUAUUUGUAGACGCUUAAAAGAGCCAACUGAAAGAAGCAAAAGCGUUGAAAUUAUUUGACAGUUUAAUUAAAAGGCGAACGGGCCUUUUUUCAGGACACGCGAAAUUCACAUUACAAGCUCAUCGUACGAAAUAAACGUACACGGUGAGAGAUCGGUAUUAUAUUUAUAUUUAUAAAAUUAUUCAUCAUUAGAAAGCACAUAUGAUCUAUCUAUAUGAUGUAAUUUGCUACGCACACCCGCGUACGAGCGUGCCUACGAACACAUGCGCAUCUGCACGCACACACAGACACACGCACGUACGCACGCACACAUAUUACAUAUGUGACACGCAUAACACCACUUUGUGUCUCCCUCUCUCUCGCACACUGUUCACAAGCACGCACAUACAUGCGAGGCACAUAUACAUACACAUGUGCGUGCGUACUAAUCUUAUUCACUCGCGCACUUUUUCUCUUUUUUUCUCUCUCUCUCUCUCUCUCAUUUUCUCAUGCUCUUGCUCUCUCUCUCUCUCUUUCUUUCCUUCUCGUACGCGUAAUAUACGUAUCCGCUUUCACAGGCGAGUACAUGCCCAUGUAUGUACGUGUACAUAUUCAGAGUACCUCACGGAUGUGUUUCUUUUUUUUUUUCUUUACGGAGAUUACAACUUUGUAACUGCUUUCGAUUGGAAGAAAAAGCAACAGGGGACGAGCAGGCCAAAGUAUUAAUGUCAUCACAGUAUUAACAUCAUCGUUAUCAUCAUCAUCAUUAUCCUCAUCAUCAUCAUCAUCAUUCUUAUCAUACUCAUCAUCCUUAUCAUCACUUGUCAUCUCGUCUCCAUCAUCUCACCGUACCCAUUUCCUCGCGCCACGGACGAAAAACGUAUUUCAUGCUGUACAAAAUAUCAAAGACGCAACGAAAGCAACAACAACGCGCGCGCUUGUCCGCUUUUUGGACAACUGGACACGCGGCAAACGAAAAAAAUUCGUUUUCCAUUUAUAUAUUUUUCAUAUUAUGUACACUCGGGCGAUUUUACUUUUUCCGCCCCGAGAUGCUAAGCGAUUUCUAUACCGUACGAGCUAAACUUAUGUUAAAUAAUUCGAGAAAUACAACAAUUCGCGCAUCCUUCCCCACGUGUUCCGCGAUAAAAGAACUUUUGGAAUUUCGAAGAACGACUCGAGACGGACGCAAUAACGAGUAUGGAAUACGAAUCUAUAUUCAGAGUAAUGCUAAAAUUGCCACACGCGCGUCCGACCGAAAAAUCACAUUUAGAAAUCACGUGAAAACGAGAAACACCUUGCCGCCCCCUCCCUUCCCACACACACAUCCGUCCUGCUCGC